CUAAAAAAAAUCUUUCGCUUUUUAUGCACUUAUAGAUCUAGAUCUACUAUACACGUAAGGCGUCGUAAGGAAUACCAUGACUUUUCAAGAAAACAAAGCUGUUCCUUAGAUUUAGAUAACUUUUCUAGAUCUAGGAGGUCAUAUCUCUGUAAGACUACACUCCAAGAUCUACAUCUGCUACAUCUAGAUCUAGAUUCUACUAGAUUCUAGAUCUUGUCUAGUUCUAGAAUCUCACAAAAAAAAAAAAAAAAAAUUAACACUGCAGACUGCAGACAGAGUGACAAAGUUUCUAACAAAGUUGAACUGAAAAUCACAAAGUUUUGAGCUAUACCACAAUGAGUUGUGAAUCAGUACAAAACGGUUUGAUUCAAAAUCACCCCCUGAAUGAGCUGAAACAGAUAGCAGAGGACAAUGACCUGGAUAUUCUGGACUUAAAAUUCGCCAAGUUAAUGGAUGAAAAAGAUCCAUUGAGACACCUCCGAGAUGAAUUCCACUAUCCCAAGAUGGGUGAUAUUUUAAACACUGAUCCAAAGAUUGUGGACCCAUCUGAAGAUUGUGUGUAUUUCUGUGGUAACUCCCUGGGACUUUGCCCCAAGAAAACAAAGGAGUAUAUGAACAUUGAGGUGGAUAAAUGGGCCAGUCUAGGUGUACAAGGCCAUACAAAUGGGGAUCUGCCCUGGGCCUGGUGUGAUGAGCUGUUGGAGGAGGACAUGGCUAAAAUUGUUGGAUGUAACCGUGAAGAAGUUGCAUUGAUGAAUGGUUUAACUGUCAACUUACAUCUACUCUUGAUAUCUUUCUAUCGUCCAACAAAAGACAGGUAUAAAAUUUUAUGUGAGAGCAAGGCCUUCCCAUCUGAUCAUUAUGCCUUUGAAAGCCAGUCUAUGCUCCAUGGCUACAACCCUAACGAUGUUAUGAUUUGUGUAGAGCCACGACAGGGAGAGUUCACACUACGUACUGAAGAUAUUCUGGAAGUCAUUGAGAAGGAAGGAGAUAAAAUUGCUGUUGUUUGCUUUGCUGGUGUACAGUACUACACAGGCCAGCUGUUUGAUAUACAGACCAUUACAAAGGCUGGUCAUGCUAAGGGCUGUUAUGUGGGAUGGGAUAUGGCUCAUGCAGUUGGUAAUGUUCCCCUAUACCUACACGACUGGGACAUAGACUUUGCCUGCUGGUGCACAUAUAAGUACCUUAACGCCAGUGCUGGAGGCCUGGCAGGUUUGUUCAUCCAUGAAAAGUUCCGCUCCAACAACUUCCCUAAGCUGCUGGGCUGGUGGGGGCACGACAUGUCCACAAGAUUUAAAAUGGACAACAAAAUGGAGCUUAUACCAGGUGCCAGAGGCUAUAGGAUCAGCAACACACCAGGGUUUUUGUGUGCGCCUUUGAAAGCCAGUUUUGAGGUUUUUAAGAAAACAAGUGUAGAGGACCUUAGAAAAAAGUCCCUCCUACUGACCAGCUACCUGGAGUUUUUGGUCCUCCACUACUACAGGCGGCCUGCGGGGGACACACCUGAUGGGGACAACAUUUACAUUGAUAUCUUCACACCUGCCGACCCCCAGCAGAGGGGGGCACAACUCUCACUGGCGUUUAAUGUCUGCAUAGAGCAGUUGUUUAAGGAGCUGGAGAGGAGGGGGGUGGUGUGCGACAAGCGUCUUCCACGUGUCAUCCGCAUCACCCCAGUCCCCAUGUACUGCAGCUUCGAAGACGUCCACCGCUUUAUGGCCCUACUCAAAGAUGCCCUCCUGGCAGCCAAGGGAUCCCUGUCCCACGUUGACCAGACCACAGUCUAACGCCAGCUGUCUGGACUGUCAGAACUCUGUUAUCAUUGUUCCAAGUAGACAUAGAUAUCAGUUGUAUUUGUCUAAAUUAUAUCUCAUAGUUUAUUGAAAGUUAUUUAAACUACUAAUUAAAUCUCAAACUUUAGCAACAUUUAUUGAUUUAAUUCACUUUAUCUAUAUAAUAUAUCAAACUUUAAUGACAGUUAUUAAAAUAACUAACUAAAUCUCAAACUUAAGUUAAAAUUUUUUUAAUUUACUAACUUUAUCUAUAUUAUAUCUCAAAGUUCACUGAAAGUUAUAUAAACAACUAAUUAAAUCUCUAACUUUAGUAAAAUUUAUAAUUAACUUACUGUAUCAAUAUAAUAUCUCAAAGUUUACUGAAAGUUAUAUAAACCAUGAAUUAAAUCUCUAACUGUGGUAAAAGUUAUUUAUUUAAUUAACUUUAUCUAUAAAAUAUCUCAAAGAUUACUGUAAGUUUUUUUACACAACUAAUUAAAUCUCAAACUUUAGUAAAAUUUACAAUUAACUUACUUUAUCUAUAUAAUGUCUUAACUUACUUUAUCUGUAUAAUGUCUCAAAGUUUACUGAAAGUUGUUUAAACAGCUAAUUAAAUCUCAACCUUUAUUAAAAUUUAUAAUUAACUCACUUUAAUCUACAUUACUCAAAGUUUACUGAAAGUUAUUUAAUAAGCUCUACAUUCAAUCUCAAACUUUAUAAUUUAUUAUUUAAAGAUAUACAUUAUAUCUCAAGCUUAAUAAAAUGAAUUUAAAGAACUCACUUUAUAUACAUUAAAUCUCAAAGCUUUCUACAACCUAUUUAAAUAACUCCACAUAUAUUAUUAAAUUUUACCACAUUAUUUUAAAGAAAAUCAACUCUGAAAUAUUUAAUAUAAGUUGUUGAAAAACUCUGCUUUGUUUGAGACAUCAAAAGAUAAGAAAGGUGUCUCUAUAAUUUAAGGGGAUAUGCUAUGUUUUUUUCUAUUUUUUUCAGUUUAAGAUUUAGAGCCUUUUGAAUACUUUUAUCAUAUUUGGCAUAUAAAAGUAAGUAUUAAACAGCAAAAAAACGGGUCGAAAACAAUUUUGGUUGUCAUGGAAACCCAAAAAACCUCCGCCAUUUUGAAUUUUUCGGUACUUUUAAAAAUACUAAGGCUUUUUUAUUUAUGCACCUAUAGCAAUCAAAUUUAAACUGCUUAUAUUUCAGUAUAUAUUAAAACUUUUGUCACGACAACUAUUUGAAAUAAUUACUAGUAAAAAUUUUACAAUGUCUAAAAAAAUCUUACCCUUUUUAGUAUUCAAAAGUUUCAAAAUGUGCAUAUUAAUUACCAAAUAAUUUUUUUCUAUGAAAGCAAUCACAAUUCCCUCGUGACAGAAGUUGUAUUUUUGCAUCAAGAACAUUUACUGAAAAUAUGGUUGGCAUUGUUUAAUAAAUAAAAAAGUAGUAGGCUUUUUAGUGUUAAAAACCUGCGAACUGAGAAAAACCGCCAAAAGUAACGAAAACUAGGUCAGGAAAGUACCAUAUCUGUGUAAACUGCAUAGCCGAUUGUAAGCGUUGGGUGUUUCCGAGAUGUAGGAAAUUAAGUUUAUUAAAUACAUGAGAAAUCCAGCUUUCCAAUGAUGUCAAAAACAAUAUAAUGACGGAUAUAAAACUUUUCAUAGAGAGCUUGUAAGAUUGGGAAAAAAUGAUUAUUUUUUAAUUAAUAGGGUCAUACAAAUCGUAAUUCAAACACAUAAAAUAUUUUUUUCUCUUUUAAGUUAUUAUUUUCUUUAUACAAAAAUGGACAAAGUAUCCAAAAGUGCAAGAAACCCAUCAUGACGGAAAACAAGAAAUUUUGUGAUUUUUUUCCGCGCAUAUCCCCUUAAUUACUGUAGAAAUAUCAUAAUAUGUUAAUAAGAAAGUGUAGAAAGUUAUUGAAUUAAAGCUAAUGUACUUUCUGCAAUUUAAUUUCAGCUUAAAAUAUUACUUACAAAAAGUUUAUUAAAGUCAGUUUAUACGAAAUAAAAAACAUUCCUUCUCAUUUAUUCCCCUUUAACACACAAGGUAUUGUCUAUUCAAAGCACGGUGUUAAGAAUAUGAAUUGAUACAAUAUAGUUGAUGUUAUCAAUUUCAAUUUUAUUUUAUUCUGUUGUAAGUAUUUACUUAACCUAGUCAAAAAAUAUUUUGUACAAUUUGAACUGCAGUUACUUAUGUCAAUCAAUUGUAAGACUGUCUGAAGUUGAACAUGUUCUUAUUACUCCACAAUAAUUUUUUCAAAUAUUUUUUUUUGAGUCAGAAGAGAUUGAUGUGUAUUUUAUUGAAUUUACAUUAAAUUUACUUUUUCCUUCAGAUGAAUUAUUAUACACAGCAUUUGAAGACAUUUAGUGAUGUUAGUGAUUUAUGCCCAAUGUUUUCUAAAUUCUAAUGCUUGUUUUCAGUCGUAUGUCUUUGUUUUACAAGAUGAUAUUUUAGAUUUUAUUAGCAUUUGUGAUGCAAGCUGUCAGUAUUCUUGCCAUGAAGAUGCAUUAUAUGGAAACAUUGUCAUCGUUUUAUGUUAUGUGUAUUAGUAGUGUUAUAUGGUGAGGUAUGGUAUGUAACUGUCAGAGUUAAUCUCAGGCAUGUCUGGGGAGGUGAGGGGGUGGGGUUAACGGACCCCCCCCCAUGGGUCUUUUCUAGUGUCCCACCAGUGUUUC